AUGAAUCGUCUCAAAGAAGAAUUCGAAACGAACGGCUACGCCGUUGUCGAAAAUGUGUUCAGCGACGACGAAAUUGACAAGAUCAAGGCUGAAAUCAAUAAAAUUGUGGCUGAAACCGACCUUUCUCAACAUCCGCGAAGCGUUUUUUCAACUUAUGACAAGGAUAAACACGCCGCUGAUGAUUAUUUCCUAAAUAGUUCGGACAAAAUUCGAUUUUUCUUCGAAGAAGGUUCCGUGGAUCAAAAUGGUGAUUUGACGGUGCCCAAGGAUUUAGCAUUGAACAAAAUCGGACAUGGAUUGCAUUUUCUGAAUCCAGUGUUCAGGAAAAUGACGUUCAACGAGAAGAUCAAGUCUGUAUUUCGAGCGAUUGGAUACGAGGAACCGCAAGUUGUGCAAAGCAUGUAUAUUUUCAAGCAACCUCGAAUCGGAGGGGCAGUUACGGAUCAUGUCGACUCAACAUUCCUCCGCGUUGAUCCAAUUGAUCAUCUAACUGGAGUAUGGAUCGCAAUCGACGAAGCUAGUGUCGAAAAUGGGUGUCUCUCAUUCAUUCCGGGAAGUCAUAAAGACUUUUCUUCGACGGAUCAUCGAUUUGUGAGGACCCACGACACUACCGGAGGACCCUUAUUGAAAUUUAUUGGAACCCAACCAACUUAUGAUCAAUCAAAAUUUGUGCCUGUGCCAAUUUCUAAAGGAUCAUUAAUCCUCAUCCAUGGAUUGGUUGUGCAUAAGAGCGAAGCGAAUACAUCGAACCAGAGCCGUCAUGCAUAUACAAUACACGUGAUGGAGAAGAAGAAUACUCGCUGGGACCCUGAUAAUUGGCUGCAGCCAACGAGCGAACAUCAGUUUCCAAAUCUCUACGAGUCUCAGUAA